AUGACAUCCAGAAAGCCCGUGGCCAAAAACGAGCCCAUCGUCAUCGUAGGCGCUGGCGUCUUUGGUCUCUCAACUGCACUCGAGCUCAAGAAGAGAGGUUACCAAAAAGUCACAGUCCUUGACCGUUUUCUACCACCCGUCGUAGAUGGAAGCAGCGUCGACAUCUCUCGUGUCAUCCGUGUGGAAUAUGCCGACCCUUUCUAUGGCAAGAUGGCCAUGGAGGCCCUCGAUGGCUGGACGGGCAACUAUUCAGACCACUACCACGAGUCAGGCUUCGUCAUGCUGACCAAUGCCGAGGGAAAUUCUUUUGUUGAACAAAGCAAGAACUCCAAUAAGUCUCUCGGUGGUACGCUGAAGGAGUAUGAGAAUGCCCACGAUAUUCGCAAGGAGUUCCCGGCGGUUCAAGCAAAGCUUGAUGGCAAGAAAGCAUACUAUAACAAAACUGGUGGAUGGGCUGAUGCAGAGUCGGCCAUACGGCAGCUAGCCAUGGAGUGUUCUCUCACUGGGGUGUCUUUCAUUACAGGUUCAAGAGGCAGAGCUGUCUCUCUACGCUACAGCGGAUACAAAGUCACUGGGGUCAACGUCGCAGAAGGAGAACCUAUUUCAGCAGCACAAGUUAUCCUGUCCACCGGAGCGUGGUCCAACAGACUCCUUCCCAUUAGCCACGCAUCAUCUGGUUCUGGACAGCCAGUUGGAUUUGUUCGUCUUACCCCAGAGGAGGCAGAGAAACUCGCAGAUAUGCCAGUCAUCAUCAACCUCAGCACAGGAGUUUUUAUCUUUCCCCCUACGCCAAAGACACACAUUCUCAAAAUUGCACGCCACGGUUAUGGCUGGGCGACAGAGAUUGAAGUGAAGGACCCUCUAGGUCAGUCUCGAACUGUAUCAACUCCGAAAUACGAAAACAACGCUGCUGCCAACUAUCUCCCCGAAGACGCUCAACAAGCUCUCCGUGAGGGCUUGCAACAGCUCGUGCCCGAGAUUGGCGACCGCGAGUGGCUGCGAACACGGCUAUGCUGGUACUCCGAUACCCCCGAGGGCGACUUCAUCGUUGAUUAUCAUCCUGUUCGUGAGGGACUUUUCCUAGCCACGGGUGGUGCUGGACACGCCUUCAAGUUCCUCCCUGUUCUUGGGAAAUACAUCGCCGAUUGUUUCGAAGACAAAGCCGCCAAGGAGAUUCGACAUAAGUGGAGGCUACGAGCGCCGACUGGACAAGACAUGAUUAAGAAGGGUGAUGGUAGUCGAGGUGGUCCUCCAUUGCGAAAGUUGACGAGAACAGAGCAGGCCAAGUUGUGA